UCUCACCCAAGGAUAAGGAUAGACUAGCUUCGGUUCUUUAGCUGGCAGUACACGAUGAGCGGCCGCUUGGGUCAGGUUCUGCAGUUCCAUCUGCGUCUCUACCAGCUGCUGGGCUUCCAUGGUAUUUCACUACCAGGCGAUAAGAGCCCGGACCGGCCCAGGACACGAUUGCGGGCAUGGAGUCUGUUCAUACUGGUGUCCUUGAGUGCUUUGAUUGUGUUUUGCCUAAGCAGUAGCGAUGAGUUCCUUUUCCGGGGAGACAUGUUUGGUUGCGUCAACGAUGCAUUGAAGUACUUUUUUGCCGAAGUGGCUGUGGUGGCCAUUUACCUGGAAACCCUAACCAGUCAGCGACACCUGACCGGCUUCUGGUGUCUCCACGCGAAACUGAGUCAAAGAGUGGGAGUGGUUAGUCUGAAAAGCGAAAUGCAGCAGUACCGUCGCUACUUGAUCUGUCUGUAUGGGAUGAUCCUGAUCGAACUGGGUCUGCACUUGAGUCUGUGGCAGGUCCAGCCGCUGACUCGCCACAUGGCCCUGUUUUGGAUGACCUAUGAGCCGUUGGUUUUUCUUACUUACAUGAGGAAUGUCCAGUUUGUACUCCACAUGGAACUGCUGAGGCAGCAACUGGCCCACUUGGAGCGGGAGAUGGUCUUGCUGGCGCAGUACUCAAAGUUUGCCUGCGAAACUGGCCGCAGUUUUCCCGGCUUUGAGGCUUUCCUGCGCCGCAGUCUGGUGCAGAAGCAGCGCAUCUACAGCGAUGUGUACGAUAUGUUCCGGUGUUUCCAGGAAGCCUUCAACUUCUCUAUCCUUGCCGUUUUGCUCACAAUUAACAUCCGCAUCGCCGUCGAUUGCUACUUCAUGUAUUACACCAUCUAUAAUAACAUAGCAAAUAUAGAUUACUACUUAAUCCUACCCGCUUUGCUGGAGAUUCCUGCCUUCAUCUACGCCUCGCAGAGCUGCAUGGUGAUUGUGCCGAGGAUUGCCCACCAGCUGCAUAGUAUAGUCACUGAUUCCGGCUGCUGCAGCUCCCCGGAUCUCUCCCUUCAGAUCCAGAACUUUUCGCUGCAACUUCUGCACCAGCCCGUCCGAAUCGAUUGUCUGGGUCUGACCAUAAUGGACUGCAGUCUGCUUACAAGGAUUGCCUGCUCGGUGGGCACCUAUAUGAUCUAUACAAUUCAGUUUAUACCUAAAUUUAGCACUCAGUACAUGUAG